AUGGAACUCAAAAGCUCACCUCCCAAGAAUAUUGCUAACAAAAGAGUCUGCUACAAUGUGUCUAAUGGAGGUGAAAAAUGUUCAAUUGAACUUGGGCUAAAUCUUGAGCUUAGCUACUCAAAAUUUAGUACAAAUGGAUAUGGAUUUACAUUUCUACAAAGGCAAGAAUUAGAGCAACAAUUUUUCAUCUACAAGUAUAUAGAAGCAGGGCUACCUGUUCCAUCACAUCUAAUUAUUCCUAUAUACAAGUCUUUUACUUGUUCCUUGAAAGGUCUUCAUGAUGUGAUGGGGUAUGGACACAUGUGUUGGGAACAUAAAAGUAGGAUGGAACCAGAGCCAAGAAGAUGUAGGAGGACUGAUGGCAAGAAAUGGAGAUGUAACAAAGGUGUGGUCCAAAAUCAGAAAUAUUGUGAGAAGCAUAUGCAUAGAGGCCGCCAGCGUUCAAGAAAGUGUGUGGAGUUAACAAGUUCAACAGAUAUACGUUGUUCGGACUCUUCAAAAAUAUUGUCGCAAUCGUGUCAGAUUCUUCAAAAAUGCACUACUGGUAAAGUAUCCGACAUGCAACCGUUGAUAUUUUUGAAAAGUCCAAACAACAUAGAUCAUAAUUCAGAACCAGACACAACCACUUUCUCCAUCGGUCUACCAAUAAAUUAA